AUGCCCAACCAGCUCCAGUCUGCUCUGAGUCCGACUGCAAUAUUGAUACACACCAAGCACCAGUCUACGCCAAGUCUGACUGGAGUGUUGAUGCCCAACAAGCACCAGUCCGCGCCGAGUCUGACUGGAGUCUUGAUGCCCUCCAAACUCCAGUCCACUCUGACUCCAGUCCGCUCUGGGUCCAACUGGAGUGUUGAUGCCCUCCAAGCUCCAGUCCACUCUGAGUCCGACUGGAAUAUUGAUGCACACCAAGCACCAGUCCACGCCAAGUCUAACUGGAGUCUUGAUGCCCUCCAAGCUCCAGUCCGCUCUGAGUCCAACUGGAGUGUUGAUGCCCAACCAGCUCCAGUCUGCUCUGAGUCCGACUGGAAUAUUGAUACACACCAAGCACCAGUCCACGCCAAGUCUGACUGGAGUGUUGAUGCCCAACAAGUUCCAGUCCAGGUCGAGUCCAACUGGAGUGUUGAUGCACUCCAAGCUCCAGUCCGCCCUGAGUCCGACUGGAGUGUUGAUGCCCAACAAGCUCUGGUCCGUGUCGAGCCCGACUGGAGUUUUGAUGCCUUCCAAGGUCCAGUACGUGCUGUUUCUGACUGGAGUGUGAACGUCCUACAAACUCCAGGCCACACCAAGUCUUUAUUUGAUCCUUGCUCAGGUCAAUUUGGAGCCAUCUACGAAGGGAGGCGUGUGAAGGAUGGCCUUUGGGUGGCAGUGAAAUUCGUCAAGAAAACAGAGGAUAGGCAAUACUACAUCAACUUUCCUGAACCUCUUCCACUGGAGGUCGCUCUUUUAAUCCUCGUAAAUGAAGGCCCCAGAGUUCCCCAGAUAAUCCAGCUGCUGGACUGGAAGGAUGUUGGUGAAUACUGUAUCAUGAUUCUGGAGCGGCCUAUUCCUUGCGAGGACUUGUUUGAUUUUGUGCAGCACCAUGGAGGCAGAAUCGACGAGGAGUUGGCUCGGGUUGUCAUGCGGCAGGCAACACAAGCCGCUUACAUGAGCUGCCAACGUGGAGUGCUGCACCGGGACAUCAAAAAGGAAAACCUUUUGAUCAACAAGGACACCCUAGAAGUCAAACUAAUUGACUUUGGGUGCGGCGACCUCCUUCAAAGUGCACCCUAUACUACAUUCAUGGGUACACAAAUGUACUGUCCACCCGAAUUCCUAUCAGAGGGCAAGUACCACGGGGAGCCAGCGACAGUAUAUUCAUUGGGAGUGCUCUUGUUCUCGCUGGUAUGCGGGACAUUUCCAGACAGCGUCGACCUGAUUAUGAUCAAUCUGAACCGUUGGUUUAUAGCUGGCUUGUUACUAGAGUGCUGCCAAUUGAUCUGCUCUUGCCUGCAGCGUGAGCCAACAGAGCGACUCGAUUUGGGCAAGAUUCUGCACCAUGAAUGGUUUAAGGUACUGAACUAAAAAAAAAUUCUAAAGUUUCAAAAAGAGAUUAUUAUAAAUUAUAAAGAUUCUGAAAGC